AUGUCCGGCAUCGGGGGCGAUCUCCCUAACAUCAGGUCCGAGGACUUGAGCAACCUCAAGGCACUGACCUUUGACGUCUUCGGCACGGUCGUCGACUGGCGCACCUCGGUUGUCGAGGAGCUCGUCUCCCGCGCGCGGGCGAAGCUCUCCUCGACCCCGCCCCCGUCCCCGGCGCUCGCGGCUGAGGAGAGGGACGGGCUCGCGGUGGCGGACUGGGGCCGGUUCGCGCAGGAGUGGCGGGACUCGUACAAGCGCUUUACGCUGGGCUACGUGGCCGGCGAGACGCCGUGGAAGGACGUCGAUGCGCACCACCGCGAGAGCCUCGCGGCGUUGCUGAGAGAGUGGGGGCUGGGCCGGGUGUACGGGGACGAUGAGGUGCAGGAGAUGAGCCUGGUUUGGCACCGGCUGCGGCCAUGGGCGGACUCAGCCCCGGGUCUGCGGCGGCUGGGGGCCAAGUUUGUGACCUCGACGCUGUCGAACGGGAACCGAGCGCUCCUCCGGGACCUGGACUCCUCGGGAGGCCUCGGGUUCGGGAGGUUGUUGUCGAGCGAGGACUGGGAGGCGUACAAACCGAGCCCGGAGGUGUACGACGGCGCGGUGACUGCGCUGCUAGGAGAGGGGGGCAGGGCGAGGGAGGUGGCAAUGGUGGCGGCGCACCUGGGGGACUUGAUGGCGGCGAAAGGGAGGGGAAUGAGGACCGUGUACGUCGAGAGGCCCGGGGAGGAGGACUGGGAGAGGGGAGGGGAGGCGUUUGAAGAUGCACGGGGGUGGGUUGACAUUUGGAUCGGGGAGGGGGAGGGCGGGUUCGAGGAGCUCGCUAGGCGGUUGGGCGCUUGA